AUGAGGGUGAAGUUUUAUUUAUUAAUAGCAUCUCUACUUCAAUUGGCAAUUUCUCAAUGCUGCAUAUUUUGUGAUUCAUCUUCUUGUGCAGUUCCUUGCACUCUUUGCUCAACUGGCUACAGUCUGAUAGGAAAUUUACUCUGUGUGGAAACUUGUCCAUCUAACUCAGUAUUUUCUUCAACUCCAAUACCAUCCUGCUCAUCUCCAUUUGGCCAAGUUUUUACGAUUGACUUUACGACUCAGAAAGAUCUUACUGCAAAAACAGUUGCAAGCUUCUCAAACCUUUCUAAUCUUCAAUUUGGUGAUUCAAAUCAAAAUACUCCUCUGCCCACUGUAGAUAGAGGAUUUUAUUUUGCGAGCACUUCAGCAAUAGAAAACUCAAAUAUUUAUAUUCCUAGCUAUUUAUUUACAAUGAACAUUUGGAUUUUUCCUAUUUCUUUUUCUGGUGUUAUUUUUUAUGCUAAAAUUGGAACUUUAGAGUAUAUUAAAAUUGAAACUUUGUCUGGCAACUAUCAUAUGAGUUUAUUAUUGAAAAACCAGCUAGACUCAGGAAAUAGUGUUUUAGCAUCUAUUCAAGGACUUGCAUUAAGUAAUUCUUGAGAGGGCGUGACUUUUCAAUUUACUCAAACAGCUUAUAACUCAAUUGAUUUACAAAUUAUUAUAAAUAAUACCCCACACAUACUAACUAUUUCAGGCAGAGAAGCAAAUUUCCCUAAUGGGAGCUAUGACUGAGUAAUAGGGCAUCCAACAAAUUCUUUCCAAGGCUUUAUUUAUUGAAUCCAAGUUAAUAGUGAUAAUACAAUAAAUUUUCCUUCCAUCAAUCCUCCUACCUGCUUAAAUUCUUAUUUCUGGGGCGGAUCAAAUUGCCAAUUAUGUAGCGGCUCUUGUCAAAGCUGACCAUGAUGCAUCAGAAGUGAAAAUUGUUUAGUAUGCAAAAGCUUAGAUUGUACGGCUUGUAAUGGUUAUGAAACUUCAAUGUGCACAAGCUGCAAUACUGGACUGGUUCCAGGCUGUUGUGAUGCUUUGUGUGAUGCUUGCAGUCAAACUUGGAGCUGCAAUACAUGCAAAGCUGGAAAAUUUUUGAUUGGUGGGAUAUGCUUAAAUUCAUGCCCAUAUGGUUUUGGAAGCUGCGCUGUAAAUCCUGGAAUUUUUAUUUCGACUGAUUUUAAUGUUCCUUUUGCAGGAAGCUAUGGGAUUUUUAACACUGGGACUGACUCUUCAAGUUAUCAAUUUUUUAACUCUCCAGAAACUAUAGAUCCUGUACCAACUCAAAAUCGCGGUCUGUAUUUUACUUCUGGGAAAUAUUUAGCAGGUGCUAUUGAUCUUUCGCAUACAUUUACAAUUUCCUUAUGAAUAAGACCUCAAGCAGGCGAUAUUUUAGGGAAUUCAUAUGGGAAUCUUAAGGUUUCUUCAGCAGGCUUAGCUACAUUGUUAUUAAUUUCAUGGGAUAAUACAUCAACAGCCUCUUUAUCUAACUCAGUCUCAAUAAGUACCUCUAGCUGAAAUUAUCUUUCUUUUUCAGUCAGCUUCUCCAAUAAACAAACAUCACUUAUUGUGUACUCCAAUAACUCUCCCAGUGCACCAAAUUCCAUAAGCAACUAUGUAUUUAGGCCUUCUAGCAAUGAUAAAUUAUUUAUAGGAAAGAGUGUUUCGAAUAAUUAUAAUGGAUUUGUAAGCUAUUUUAAACUCUGGGGAGGGAUUAUCAAUGAUUUUUCCGGAGAAAUGGGAGAUGGAGGAUGCGGGUCAGGGAAUGGAAUCAGUUGCUUGUGAAAUUGCGGAUUUUUGUUUUGGGGAUCAGCCUGCACUGCAUGCGACGGAGGAUGCACACUUGGAUGUGUUUUAAACGGAAAUUGCAAUAUUUGCAAUGAUAAUUUAUGUGGAAUUUGCAGCUCGUUUAACAGCGGAAGCUGUAGUCAAUGUAUAACAAAUGCAGCGGGAAAUCCAUGUGCAUGCAAUACCGGAUAUUAUAAGCCAAAUGGGCUAUCUAUAUGUAGCCUAUGUAGCACUUCUUGCAUAGCAUGCUCUGGACCAGGCUAUUAUUCAUGCACUGCCUGCUCAUCAGGGACUUAUUUACUUAGAGGAAUAUGUAUGACAUCCUGUCCAUCAAAGUAUUCGCAAGACAGCGUAUUAAAUAAAUGCAUCCAAAUAACAAAUUUGGUUGUAGAAGCAACCUUCAAUGAAAUUAUACUUCUGGAUAAAAUUUCAGACUUUCAGGUUGGCUUAUUAAAUAAUAAUGUGUAUCCAAGUUAUGAUGUUAAUGACCCUGUUCCUUCUUAUAACAGAGGAUACUAUUUCAAAUCUUCAAGCUAUUUGACAAGUACAGGAAUUUAUAUGUCACCUUUUUUAUCUUUGAAUUUUUGGGUAUACCCAAUAUCUGGAGGUGCUUUGUUCAGAAAAACUUCUACGACAACAUACAUUUCAAUCUCAAUUACGGGGGCAGGUAUUCCUUCGGCUUUUCUGACUUUAUCUGAUUCUUCUUCAAUAAAUAUAUCAGGGACUUCUUCAGUGCUAAAUAAUUGAAAGUAUUUAUCAAUAGUUGGGCUUGUCUUCUUGGGCAAAACGAACUUGAUUAUAUAUAUUAAUAAUGCUCUUGUGAGCUCAUCUUUAUCAUCAAAUUUAGCAUAUUUGAAAGAUUUAGGAAGUAUGUACAUCGGGAACGCAUCGGGAGGUUUUGUGGGAUUUUUAUGGAGUUUUUCAGCUUAUAAUGAUGAAACUCAAUAUAGCACUGACUGAAAUACGGCUGGAUGUGGAGGCGCUCAGUGCCCAAAUGGAAUAAUAUUUCCUAUGUGCUCAUUCUUAAAGUAUUUAGAUACUUCUACUUCAACUUGCACUAAUUGCCUCACUCUUCCAGCAAUAAGCAAAGUUUUGAUUUUUCGUGUGGAUUUUAGCUUAAUAUUUUAAUAUAUAGUACAUUUUAUAUGAAUAGAAUGAAAUUUACUGAUUUUGGGGAUUAAUUAUUUGAAUUAGCAGUUCGUCCUUAGAAGACUGAGGAUUUCCACCCUAAAAUGUUCACCUCCAAGAAAGACCCGGCAGGCACCCUUUCUCCCCGCUGCAGGCAUGGAUUCGCACGAUCAAUCUUAACUUCCAUUCUCCUGGAGCCUAUGGACCCACCAACUGGAUCGAAACUCAGUUUCUCGCUAGGCAGAUGUUACUUCGUGACCCUCUGGUGCUUUUGCUGGCCCUAUCUUUUCAAAUGAUGUCUUAGUUCCAGAAAUUAGCUCCUUAGGGCCAAGCCCGAUAUGCACAAAGGAUUCAGGCCUUUUUCUGCCAUUGCCAUUCAUACCUGCUGGCUUUGAAGAAAAUGGGUCAGGAGGCGGCUUUUUUGUCAUCAUUUUUAUGUAUAUUUUUGGAGGAUAAUUUGGGAAAAAUGGAUUUUUUUCACUUUAAUCUGAAAGCCACUAAUAAAAGUAAUUUCGAUCUAAUUUACUAUUUGAAAAUUUUGUGUAAAAUCCCGAUUAAUAACCAAAAACUUGCUUUAUUACUGGGAGGGGUUAGUGGAUGCACAGGAGGCUGUAGAAAUAGUAUCUCAUGUGGACUAUGUCGAAUGCCUGCAUGCAAUAGCUGCCUAUCAUUUUCAGGUCCAUGCACUUCAUGUGUUUCAAACGCCUCUCCAGAUGGAAAUGGCGGCUGCGUCUGCAAGAAUUCUUAUUUUUGGUACCCAGAAACUCUCUCAUGCUCAUUCUGUGACAGGUACUGCAAAACAUGCCUGGGCACUACCUUUUACGAGUGCUCAGUGUGCUAUUCAGGGUCCACUCUUGUAGGAUUAAUUUGUUUACCCGGUUGCCCAUAUGGCUUUGGCUCUGGCUGUUCUCCUGUAUCAACUCCAGUUAUCAAUGAACUAUUUAAUUCAGGUCUUCUGACAACAUAUGGGCCAUUCAAAACCAAAAUUGAUUCAACUCGCUAUAACUUUUUUAAGACACUUGACAGCUAUGACUCUGCAACUUCAGCUCAGAGAGGAUUACUUCUCACUCAAAAUACCUAUUUGCAAGCUGACUCUCUUUGGCUAAAUCAUGAUAUUUCAGUUGGAGUUUGGGUGAAUACUCUAAUCCAUGGAAACCUGGUAUCUUAUUUUAUUACGUAUUAUAACUAUGAUUUUGUGUUUUCUACAGAUGCGUCUUUAUUGUAUCAAAUAAGCAAUGGUUGGGCUACAAAGAUUAAAUUUUCUACGAAUGCAGCAAUAGUGCCGAAUGAUGCAUGGAAUUAUUUAUCAUUUACCAUGAACUACGGAUACAAUAGCGUACAAAUAAAUGCUUUUGUGAAUGGAGUCCCAACGUAUACUAUAACUAGAUCAGGUGCAAUUUAUAGACCACUUUUUAAUGCAGGCUCCUUAAGAAUUAAUGCAUAUUAUAAUUGCUUUGUGGGGUAUAUUUAUUCGUUCCAACUAUGAAAUGUGCUAGUCACUGAUUUUUCUUCAUGAAUUAAUGAUAAUAUUUGCGGAUUAGGGUUAGCAAGUUUGUGUCUCUCUCCCUAUACUUUAGCUUCGUAUAAUGAUGCUACAAACUGUUCUACCUGUGAUAAUUCUCUUACAGGAUGCCCCAGAAAUGUCUUUUGUAAUCAAUGCGCUGACCCUCUAUGUGCUUCGUGCACCAAUUUCAGCCCAGGAUCAUGCACAAAGUGCGUAGGUUUUUCUUCAGAUGCUCCUUCUCAAGCUUGUGCUUGCAUUGACGGCUAUUUUAUCAGAUACAACUAUAUUUGCUUAGCGUGCCCUGCUGGCUGCAAAAAAUGCUUGAGUUUUAUAUUCAACUCUUGCACAUCAUGCUUUUCGGGAUAUUACUUAAAUAGCGGUAUGUGCAUUUCUAAGUGCCCCAGUGGAUAUACAAUGAACUCUUUAACAAAUACCUGUGAUAUUUCAGGAUCAACUCUAUUUUUCUCAGAUUUCUACAAUCUGAUUAAACUUGAUGCUAUCAGCUCACUAAAAGUAGGAAACAUUGAUACAAAUAAGUACCCUAUCUAUGAUUCAAAUGAUCCUUGGCCUGCUAUAAAUCGCGGGUAUUAUUUUUCUGGCAACAGCUCUAUAUCUACAACUUAUAUGAUUGGAACGAGUUUUACUAUUUCAUUGUGAUUAAAAGCACUUGCCCGUCAAAGCCGGAACGCUGUAUUGUGCCAGUGCCAUGGUACAAUAAAGUGGAUCGAUCCAGAGGUCCAUGGGCCCGACACGUGGACAAAUAUGGCAGAAGCUCUGGAAACGGCUGCCCCGUAAGACGUUAAACGUAAUAGAUAAUACAACAAUAACGAUUAAAAGUAUUUGGAGGUGGCUAUCUUAUGGCGAAAUAUGUUUCUGAUUAUAAUUUCCAAUUAAGCAUAAAGAAUACUGGCCAAGCAUAUUUUAAUUGCACAUUUAGUUCUUUUUGAACCUCAGUUUGAAAUGAUUUAACCUCAAGUUCUAGCUUACUCAAUUCAUGAAAUUUAAUUUCAGCAACUGCAAGCUUAAAUUCUGAUACUUCUCAAAUAUCGAAUAUUGAUGCUUUCGGAUCGACCACUGUUAAUUUAUAUGUCAAUGGAGCGGUGGAUUGUGCUCCAAAAACUGCUAUGCUUUCAUAUCUAAAAGAUAAUCCUUCUGGGUUGUUGUUUAUAGGAAGCAGUCCUAGCAUGAAUAAUGGAUUCACUGGAUUUGUUGAUAGAAUUACUAUAUACCCAGAUUCUCUAAGCUAUGGAUUAGACUAUGCUAACAGUGGAUGCAAUGGGUCAUGCUCUAAAUGUCCUAGCAGUUUAGUGUGCCUUAGUGAGUGCUUGAUAAAUACAUACCCAGGAGCUAGCUGUGGAAACUGUUUGUCUUACUGCGCUUAUGGCUGUAGAAAUGGCUUAACUUGUAGAUUGUGCAAACAAAGCACAUGCUUAUCAUGCGAAGAAUUCACGGGAGACUGCUUUUCUUGUAUACCCAAUGCUUACUUAAUAUCCCUCCAUGGGCUAGCAAGAUAUCUUGCUUGCUCAUGGAGAGGGUGAUUUUUUUUAAAAUUUUUAUAUUAAAUUUUAUACAAUUUUUUUUUUGAGAUUUUAAAUUGGAAAAUAAAAAUUAGUUUAAUUUGAAGAAUUUAUGCUGUUUAAGUUUCCAAAAAUUAGCUAGAUAUUUCACUAUAAUACUUAUCACUAUACAUUAACACAUUUUUUUGUAAAACUUUUUGUUCGUGGAGGUUUAUUUUGGAUUUUCCAAUGGUUUUUACUUAUACACAGAAGUGAAGUUAGAAUAUGGCUCUUGCUAUUGCGACACUGAUGCAUAUUUUAAUGAAACCACACAAAACUGCCAGACUUGUUCUGCAGCUGGAUACUUUCUAUGCACUACCUGCAAUUUUGCUGUUGGGAAUUUAUGCAUUCGUGAAUGCCCCUAUGGAUUCACUUCUCCUCAUUGUAAAAAUGUUACAAACCCUGUAAUCGAUCAGACUUUUUAUGGAGAUUUUGCGGGGAGCUACAGCAUUUUCAUAACAGGGGCAAGCUUAAAUACCUAUCAGUUUUGAAAUUCACCAGAAUCUGCUGAUCCCAUUCCUGCUUAUAAAAGAGGACUUUAUUUUUCUUCUGGAAAAUAUAUAUACUCUAGUGCAGAGGUGUAUCUUUCACAUAGUUUUUCAGUAGGUACUUGAAUAUAUUCUAUAUCAAAUGGUGACAUAAUAUAUAAAGAAACUUAUGCGGCCUUAUCAUCUAAUGGCUCAUUAAAAAUUUUACUUGAAGACCUAAACGAAGCUGUAACUCCAAUUAUUACUCCAGCUAUCUCGAAUCCACCUGGAUGAAACCAUAUAUCAUUUACAGUGAUUUCUUCGAUCACAGCGACAUCUAUUACUAUUUACUCUAAUAAUGAAGCAGUAACACCUAUUACUGUAAAUGGUAAGAUUUUCCGAGAUCAAGCUUCGAAAACUUUGUAUAUAGGAAAAAGCACAACUGCUACCUUUCAGGGGUUUAUUUAUUGGUUUACGCUAUGAAAUGUCCCAAUUACUGAUUUUUCUUCACAAGUAAAUAAUUUAUGUGGAACUGGGCUAGGCAAAAGUUGCCUGUGAACUUGUGAUAUAAAUAACUAUUAUACGGGAUCUUCAUGCAGCAGCUGCAAUUCAUGCAGUUUAGGAUGCAGAAGAAGUCAAAAUUGUAAUAUUUGCUAUGAUUUACUAUGUGAUACUUGUAGUGGAUUUGAUUCAGGAGAAUGCAUUAACUGUGUUUCGAAUGCAACACCUUCAGCAGGAGUGUGUGCUUGCAAUACAAACUAUUUAGUUUCAGGAGACGGGCUUUCAUGCAAUUGGGCCUGUACAAUCGGGUGUGCAAGUUGUACUGGAUAUUUGGUGUACAAUCAAUGCAUAACUUGCAAAUCAAACUAUUAUCUGCUUAUUUCCUCCGUGUGCUAGCAAAAACUAUAUUGGAAACUCCCUAUUUUUUGGGAAAAUAACUGAUGAGCGAACAAAAGAUAUUUCUACAAAAAAAAAAUAAGUGAUAAUAUAUGAAAUCUCUAGCUAAUUCUGUUAAACUUCAAAGCAUGCAUUUUUAAUUUAAAAUUUUGAAAAAUUAGUUACCCCUCCAAGAAAAAACAAAAUUUUUUAUCUGCUCAGGAGGUGGGAGUAAUAAUCAAUGCUUUUCCUCAUGCCCAGCAGGCUACACUCAAGAUACUUCUUUAAAUCAGUGCACAAAUCCUCCAGCAACUCCUAUAAUUUCAUUGGCUUUGCAAAAUUUAAUUUAUUUAGAUUCAGUGGAUGAUUUUACAGUAGGCUCAUCAUCUGACCCCUACCCUUCUUUUGAUGCAGCAGAUCCCAUUCCUUCUAUAAGCAGGGGAUAUUAUUUUUCUUCUGGAAAAUACAUGACUUCAGCUGCAAGCCUCAUUAUAAGUCCAUGAUUUACGAUUACCAUAUGAGCAAGGCCAAUUUCUCAGGGAAAUAUAAUAUCGCAAUUGAAUGGAUCUGUUUUACUUAUGGUUGCUUCAGUUUCUGCAAGUGGAUAUAUAAAUUUCAUAGUGCAAUUGCAAGACUCAUCAGCAAUAACUCUAACAGGAACAGAAAACUUAUUUGGUGCUUGGCACAACAUAGCAUUUUGUUCUGAUAUCGUUAAUGGGUAUUCUAUAGCAUCAUAUAUUUUAGAUGGAAGCUCAAUUUCAAACUUAUCAAGCACUAAUAAACAGCCCUUUAUGAGUUUAGGGCAGAUUACUAUAGGGAAACAAAGUAUUUCUGACUCAUUUACUGGAUUUUUGUGGAGUUUAAAAAUAUAUAACGAUAAUUUGCAUUCAUUAAGCGAAUGAAUUGGAUCUGGAUGCUCUUCUGGAUGCACAAACUGUCCUUCGGAAAAAAUAUGCCCUGACUCUUGCGAAUUUGGAAAGUUUUAUUCAUCUUCUUGCAGUGAUUGCUUAGGAAGCUGUAGUACAUAUGGGUGCAGAUCAGCUCUAACCUGCCGAUUGUGCAAGCAAAAGGAGUGCUUUUCUUGCACAAAAUUUGAUGGAGACUGCACAUCUUGCAUUGCAAGCGCUUCAUUAAACAGCGGAAACUGUGCUUGCAAUCCUAAUUCUAUUUGGAUUCAAUCGUCAGAAACCUGCGAAAUCUGUGACAUUCUUUGUAGUAGCUGUGCUGGAAGCUAUUUUUUUGAAUGCACUUCUUGCGUUACUGCAAAAACUUUAGUAGGAGCUGUCUGUCUACAUCAGUGUCCUACUGGAUUCAGUAAUUCUGGUUGUACCAGUACAUCAUCGCCAAUAGUUGAUACUUCUUUUUAUGGUACUUUUAAAGGAAAUUAUGGAAUUUUCGAAGCAGGUGAGAAUUCAAAUACCUAUUAGACCUGCUUAUAAAGAAUAUCUCAAAUAAGAGCAUUUUAUGAUUAGGCAGAUUGCAAUUGGGCUAGCCAAGUUUGAUUACAAGCCAUAUUUUUUGUCUAACCAAAUUUAAAAAUGGUGAGCCAAAAAAUGCUACUGAGUGGGCAAUACUUCCUAAACAGUUGUAUUUUUUUAAUAGCCCUGAAAAUGAUGAUCCAAUUCCAGCUACUCACAGAGGACUUUAUUUUUCAAAUGGAAAAUUCUUAAAAAGCUCACUCCCACACUUCAUAAGCGAGCAAUGCCUUUGGAAAAUCUCUAAUUUUCGGGAAAAGCAAAUGAUCACAAAAAAUUUGAUAUAAAGUUAAAGGGUCUAGUAGCAUUUUCACUGAUUGGCCAGCAUCCUAUUUCUUCUUCCAUGUAAACUAUUUUGAAGGAAAAAAAUAAGAUAUUAGCUUGCUAGUAAAAUGGUGUCUGUGUGCAAAAGAAGUCUAAUAUAAAACUUUUUUAUAACAAAUAUUUUAAUAAUUUAUUAUAAUGAAAUCUCAAGCUAAUUCAGCUGAAUUUUAAAUAGCCUUACAUUCUAAAGCAUAAAUUUAAUAAAUUAAACUUUUACUUCCAAUUUUAGAAAUAUCGAUUUUUAGUAUAAAACAAAUGAACUAUAAAAUUAUAUAUAAAAUUAAACAAACCUAUUCAGUUAGCCAGCAAAAGUUUUUGAUCUCUUACGAUUGUGGAGUCAGUAUCUUUAUAUUUAUCGACUAGUUUCUCUUUAGGUUUAUGAGUCCUUGUAAAAAGCGCUGGUGAUUUUUUAGAAAAGGAAAAUGGCUUUAUAAUAAACAGCAGCGGUAAGUUGGUAAUUAAUUUGCAAAGUCCAUUACAAUUAAUUAGCUCACUGGCAACAUUGCCAAUGAGUCUUGAUGGAUGGAGCUAUUUAUCAAUUUCAGUAGAUUAUCUUAAUGGCGAUUCCAUCAUUACUACUUACAUUGACAAUAUCCCAAGUAUCCCAAUAAUUUCUGGCAAUAAAAUAUUCCGAGAUUCCACUGCAUCAAAUCUUAUUUUUGGGAAAAGUUCUUCAAAUGCUCUAUUUUCAGGAUUUUUAUAUUGGGUAACUAUAUGAAAUUCAGCUAUCAACAAUUUUUCAGCCCAAAUUGACAACUUGUGUGGAGCCGGAAUGGGACGAAGCUGCUUAUGAAAUUGCGACAUUUCUCAAUUUUACACAGGAGCUGCAUGCGAAUCUUGUAGUACUUGUUCAUUUGGGUGCAGGAGACUAAAUUCUUGCAACAUUUGUUAUGACCCUCUAUGCAAAAUAUGUAGCUUUUUUAGCGCUGUUGAAUGCUCAGGCUGUGAAGGCCAUACUUGUGAUGAAUGUGAUGGCUAUCCAAGCGCAUGCAUUGCUUGUAAAGAAAAUGCAAGCUUAAUAGGCUUAAGCUGCCAAUGCAACACUGGAUUUUCUUUCAAUAAGGACAGUGAAAUUUGUGAAGGAUGCGAUAUUUACUGCAAAACCUGCGUUUCAUUUGACUAUUUUAAAUGCUUAACUUGUAUUGAUGGGUUCUAUCUCUUCUCAGGAGUUUGCUUAUCGCCUUGCCCUUUAGGGUUUUCUCCAUCUGGAAAUCAGUGUGUGAAAGUUAAAGAAAAGAUUUUUGAUUUAGAUUUGAAUACAUUAGAAGGAAUCAUUUAUGACAAGGCAAGCUCGAUUCCGGUAGUAUCUGGCUCAACUAAACAGUUUUAUCCAAAUUAUGAAGCUGACGACCCAAUAGCUGCUUAUUUAAGAGGAUUCUAUUUUAAUGGGCAGUCUAGUGUUUUAAGACUGCCUGAUUAUUCAAAUUUUACAUCUCCAAAGCUCUUAAUUGCACCAGUUUUUACAAUUUCUAUAUGGCUAAAUCCCGAAGCUCCCUUCUCUUCAAUAGAAAAAUAUGAAUCAUGGAAAUGAUGCUCUGCCCGAAGAGCUAUUUUAUUGAGUUAAUUUUCCUUCCAGAUUCAUAUUAGCUGGAAAAGAGCUUUUCCUUAAGACAGGCUCAACCAUCGUGCCAACGGGCCUUGGGCUCCUGGGAUAGGAUGACCGGCUAGACAGGCUUAAGGCGCUUGGUGACGACUGGGUAGUGUUGAAUGCACAGUCACUUUAUGAUUCAAAAUCAGCACAGAGAUGGAUAAUCUUAGGCAAAAAUAGAAGCAAGUCAACAGCUCAUAGAACUCAAUGAAGGAGCUGCAAAUCUAUCAGUGUAAUCGCAUUGAAGACGCUAGAGAUAGAUAUUAUGGCCUUAAAGCCUAGAACGGUGAGUUUUGACUAGCUUCUAAAUAAAUUUGUUCGUUUGCUCCUUCUCUUCAAUUAUGUCAAAGCAUAGCAAUUCUGACUCAUCAACAAUUUGGGCAGUCUAUUUAAUGGCCAACAGUCCAGCAUUAUUUUUGAUAAUGAAUUCUUCUCCUAUUUUAUAUACUUCUAAAGCAUCACUGAGUGAAUAUAAAUGAAACCAUAUAGCUUUUUCACUACAAAUUACUAGUAAGCAAGACUGCACAAUAUCUAGCUAUGUUAAUGGUGUAUCCGAUUCAUCUAUGAUAACAGUUUAUGGAUAUUUUAGAGAUAGAAGCCUAGAUACAGCGUUAAUCAUUGGUGCCCAGGCCUCACCAGAAAUAUUAUAUAAUUUUUUCCAAGGCUUUAUCUAUACCAUUCAAAUAUUCAAUGCUAUAAUACCUAUAAGUGGACUGUCAACUGCUGUCUGCACUGAAAGUUGUGGUGUCUGCCCUACUGAUGAAAUAUGCAUUCCAAACUGCAAAAUAAAUGAAUUUUGGAGUGGUCCAAGUUAUAAUGCCUGCUCUCUAUGCGACAUAAAAUGUACAAAAAGCUGCAGAAACUGAACUUGCUCUCUCUGUAAUGAUCUACUAUGUGAAGAUUGCAUCGAUUACUCUGAAACCGGAUGUGUGGUUUGUAAAGAAAACGCCAAAAAUCCUGAUUCUUGUGUCUGCGAUAUAGAUUUUGUGAUAGAUUCUUCUAAUAACAGCACAUGUAUUCCUAUUAAAUCAGGAGGAUUUCGAGGUCCUGAUGGGCAUUUUUACUCUUGCCCAAACCUUUGUUCUGCUUGUGAAUCUCUUACAAAGUGCAUAAUUUGUGUUGAGAAUGCAAGACUAUCAAACGGUUUAUGCUAUUGCACUCUUGGGUAUAAUGGAAUUAGCAACUGUACCUUUGUUGGCUUAUAUAUAUUCAAAUGGCGGCAUGUGCCAAUCUGCCCUCUAGACAAAACAGUCCAGACCUUAUGGCUAAGGUCAAUUGAGACGGAGUUAGAGCCAAGAGUUAAGUGCAAGCUCAAGUGAUGUGUAUCUGGGUAGGUUAGCUGCUCUUCUGUGGCUGAAAAUGGAAGUGCUCAGCAGCGUCCUUUUGGAUCCUAGAACCCAUGGGCAUUCCUCUGCCGAUAAAUUGGGGGGUUUCGGCCCAGGCCACAGGGAAGUAGUCUUUUUCCUGUAGUUGUCGAAGGAGUCACUUCGGCGCCCCGCAGACUUCAAGGAGUUGAUCCUCGGAAUCAAGCUACUCCAAUCACCUGCAACAGGGCUUCAAGGUUAAAGCCUCAAGGCAAGGAGGAGACAGAAGGCACCGGAAGUAGCGCCAUUAUAGCGAGUGCCCCUUUAUAGAUCUUUAAGAGCAAGACUUUUAAAAGAAAAAAGUUGAUUUAAAAUUCGAAGAAAAUCUAAACGGCCAAAUUAAAAUAUAAAAAUUUCAUCUUAUAUCUCCUAUUUGUCAGUUUUAAAAUUUGGACGUUUUAGACUAUUAUAAAUGUCAAAAGGAAUUUUUCUUUAAGAGCGUUUUUCCUCAGGAAUCAAUAAGGAGUCAGGGGGAUAGAUUUUCUGGCUAGAGUCGAUAAGUGGAUGGACCUCCAGUAUGGGAGGUCUUUUGUAAUUGCGUCACCAAUAUGGCCAACACCCUGUCUUUAAUAGUCUAACCUAACCUUAGUUGACUUCUCAGCUUAAAUUUAAAUUAUUCAAAGCGACACUCUCUUCUGCUUUUGAGUAAUAAAUAUCACAGCUCCUUUUUUUAAAUAGUAAUUGAUGACGUCAAAGGCUAUUUUGUGUCGAAAUCAUUCCGGGGGAAGAACCAAAAGGACCAAAACUAUUUACUGUUGAGUUGACCUCACUUCUAGCUUAGCUCCACCAUGUGCUCCUUCUAUGGGUUACCCUAAUCAAUGCGAGAAACCAUAAAUACCUCAUGCCUCCAUUUUUUCAUGGCCAAAUUCUUAUCUUAUCAAUAACCAUCUUUGAAACUGCAGAUAAUAAUAUUAGCAAAAGAGGAGAGUUCUCGGAUCGAAUCAUCCCAUAUGUAGCUAUUUUAUUAUAGUUGACUUUUCUGCAAAGCUUACAGCCUCAGAUGAUAAUUCCUUAUAUCUCACUUUUUCAGAUGAUCUUGCAAGUGAUCUUGAAGCUGAUGAUUUUAUUAUUAAGAUCAAAAAUUAUGAAAUUUCAUGAAAAUUUGAAAAGGUUAAUAAUACCUGCUACUAUAUUACUUUAAGCUUUGAACAUAUAAUCUCUAGCGGGACACUGGCGUCUCUUGUUUUUUUGGAUUUGACUAAAUUGAGAUCAGUUUCUAAUGGAAUUUUAAAUUCAUAUGAACUUUCUGUUUCUCUUAAUUAUUAUGAUCCAGCGCCAUAUUUGACUGCUAUUGAAGCCGUUACUUCUCAAACGAUAGCCGGAACACAAAGUAUAAUUUCCAUUGCUACUGCUUUAUCAAUUAUUAAUCCCAGUCCAAGCUCUCUAUGGAGUCUGAUGAAUACUUUGCAGAUUUUAAGCUACCUGACUUUAUCAGGAAUCCCACUAUCAAGCAAAAUGAGUGCAUUUUUGAACAGCUUAAAUUCAUUUAACCUACUUCCAAAUGCUUUUAUAUAUUUUAUAGAUAAAAAUGAAGGGAAUACUCCAUAUUCUCAAGCCGAAAAGUUUGGGUUUGAUUCGAAUCUGAUAUUAAUAAAUCAAGGAAAUGAUUUUACAUUUAUUCUGGUCUCUAUAUCUCCAUUUCCGAUAGUUUUACUGCUUUCUAGAUGCUCUUAUAGAUGAUUUGGUAAAAAAUUUAAAAAGACAAUAAGAUCUUAUAAAUAUUCGUUUUAUUUGAGAUUUUGGAUCCAAUGCUAUCUAGAAUUGGGUGCUGCUGCUAGUAUCGGACUUGUCUCGUUUUGUCAAAAUAACCCUACACAGAUUAUAAAUAUUAUUUUAUGUUUGUUGGUUUAUCUAUUUUUAGUUUUUACCCCGCCUCUAUUUUUUUUGCUAUCUUACAGAUAUAAAAAUAAAAUUCUUUUAGGUGAAAAAACUUUUCAUUCAUUGUUUGGCACCUUUUUCUAUGAAUUCCGAACUGAAAAAGGACUGCUUGCAACACAAUAUUAUUUAAUAUUUUUUGCAAGAAGGUUGAUCUAUAUAAUAAAUUUAGUGUAUUUAAGAGACUACCCAAAAACAGAAGUCACCAUAAAUGCUGUACUUUCCUUAAUGACAAUAAUCCACUUACUUUUCUGCUGACCUUUUAAAGAUCCAAUCUUACAAAUAACCAAUUUAUUUACUGAGAUAUUGGUUUUUAUAGUUAUGAUGCUAUCAUCAAUUUAUUUGUUCAAUACAGAGCAAGAAAUUAUUACAGGUAUAGAGAGCUCUAUGGUUAUUAUUGUUGCAAUAGCAAUUGCUGUUCAAUUUUCCAGCUCAGUUGCAAUUUUUGUAAGGACCUUGUAUCAAGUGAUACGCAGCAAAUAUGGGAAAAUUGAAAUUGCAAAUAAUGACGAAAAUCCAGCUUAUAAAGCUGUAAAUUAA